GAGGAAUCAGUGCACAAAUCAACAAGUAGCAGCAGCAUCUCCCCCUCACAAGUGGAAGACCCCUCUCAAGAAGGCACCAGCAGCAGAAAGACACCUCCCAAGUUCUUGCCCAUAUCAUCUACACCACAGCCUGAGAGACGGCAGCCACCUCAGAGACGACACUCCAUUGAAAAGGAAACACCAACCAAUGUGAGACAGUUCCUACCACCUUCAAAACAGAGCUCCAGAUCACUUGAGGAGUUUUGUUACCCGGUGGAAUGUCUGGCUCUGACGGUGGAGGAGGUCAUGCACAUCCGUCAGGUGCUGGUGAAGGCAGAGCUGGAAAAGUACCAGCAAUAUAAAGAUGUCUACACUGCUCUCAAGAAAGGAAAGCUCUGCUUUUGCUGUCGAACAAGAAGGUUUUCUUUCUUUACCUGGUCUUACACUUGUCAGUUCUGUAAGAGGCCUGUGUGCUCACAGUGUUGCAAAAAAAUGCGGUUGCCAUCAAAGCCAUAUUCUACUCUCCCCAUCUUCUCACUGGGACCUUCAACCUUGCAAAGAGGAGAAAGCUUUAUGAGGCCAGAGAAACCCUCUACCAGUCACCACCGAUCACUACGGAGCAUGUCCAGGUUGACCUCAAGGUCCAAAUCUGUGGAUAAGUCACAUGAAGAGUUUCCCAAAGAAUUAAUGGAGGACUGGAGCACGAUGGAGGUGUGCGUGGACUGCAAGAAGUUUAUUUCAGAAAUCAUCAAUUCAAGCCGGCGCAGCCUAUCUCUGGCCAACAAGCGAGCCAGGUUAAAAAGGAAAACACAGUCCUUCUACAUGUCAUCGCCAGGAACCUCUGAAUACUGCCCCUCCGAAAGGACUAUCAAUGAGAUCUGAGCCUUGUGCCUUUUUCUUUGCUUUUGUCUUCAUGAGGUCAUCAUCCAUGAGCAAGGUCACUGAAACUGGGUCAUCAUUCUGUUGCUUCGUUUCACUUGACUGGCUUGAAUUUGCAUUAGACCACAGGAUUUCCUACUCCAACAAUUCCCAGAGAACGCUAUGUUUAGAUCUGUGCAGAAUGAUACACAUCAGGUCAAGCUGCUCGCACUGGAAGAAAAUUAAUAGUUUGAAAUCGUUGCCUCUUUUGUAUGUGUGUGAUGAAACUAGAA